AUGGAAGAUGGAAGAUAUCAAGUAGCCUGGCCAUGGAAAGAAAAAUUACCGGAACUUCAUGAAAAUAGGGAACUUGCAUACGGAAGACUAAAGUCACUUUUUCAGAAAAUGAAGAACAAUCCUGACCUAUUAAACAAGUAUGAUGAGAUUAUUAAAGACCAGUGCAAAAAGGGCAUCAUAGAAAAAGUGUCUAACCAAUGUAGUAAGGAUACCGGAAUCAAACAUUACAUACCACAUCAUGCUGUAGUUGACCCAACCAAACCUACAACUAAAGUAAGGAUAGUUUAUGAUGCAUCUGCCAAAUCAAAACCUGAGAAUAAAAGUUUGAAUGAUUGCCUGCACAGAGGACCAGUAAUGUUACAAGAUUUAUGUGGACUCUUGUUGCGUUUUCGAAUGAACAAAAUUGCAGUAGUUGCUGAUAUUGAAAAGGCAUUUCUCCAAAUUGAACUACAAAAAAAUGACAGAGAUGCAACCAGAUUUUUUUGGCUAAGAAACAUUAAUCAUCCAACUGUAGAAAAUAAUGUACAAGUUUACAGAUUUUGCAGAGUGCCAUUUGGAGUUAUAUCAAGUCCUUUCCUACUUGCAGCAACUUUGGACUAUCACCUUGACACAUACAAAAAUGCAACAGCAGCAAAUAUUAGAGAAAACAUUUAUGUGGAUAAUGUUAUUACUGGAGUAGAUUCGACAGAGAAUGCAGUUACAUUAUAUAAAGAGGCAAAACAAAUAUUCAGUGAUGCAUCAAUGAACUUAAGAGAAUGGGCAUCAAAUUCACAGCAAUUUUUAAAAUGCAUUCCCAAGGAAGACCAGGCGAAUAGAGAAACAUUAAAGGUUCUUGGAUUAACUUGGACAAUAAAAGAUGAUACAUUGACGGUGAACAGUGCAAGAAAUGAUAACAUGUUUCCAAUCACCAAAAGAGAAGUAUUACAGAGAGUGGCUUCUGUGUUUGAUCCACUUGGAUUUUUUACACCAGUGACUUUAAGAACCAAGCUUUUCCUCCAAAUGUUGUGGAACAAGAAAAUGGAAUGGGAUGAACAACUGACAGAGGAAGAUAUUCAGCAAUGGAAAGAAAUCUCUUUUGAUUUAGAUGAGAUUCAGGAAUAUCAUAUUCCUAGAGCUAUUGGGCUACCAGGUACAGUUACAUUCAGAUUACUAUGCUUUUGCGAUGCUUCAACCAAAGCAUAUGCUUCUGCUGUUUAUCUACAUCAACUCAGGGAAGACAACUUAUGUACAAUUGAUUUACUGUUUUCCAAGACACGCCUGGUACCAAAUAAGAAAAUAACUUUACCACGACUUGAGUUAUUAGCAGUUGUCAUUGGUGUCCGUUGCAUUGACUUUGUUAACAAGCAAUUAAAACUUCCUAUCUGUGAGACGAUUUUGUGGACAGAUUCUCAAUGUGUUUUACACUGGAUAGGAUCGAAAAAACCUCUAGCAACAUUUGUUGAUAAUAGAAUAAAGGAGAUUAGGCAGCAGCAAGACAUUCAAUUUCAGUACGUCUAUACGAAGGAAAAUCCAGCUGAUAUUGCAAGCAGAGGCACAACAGUAUCACUGUUAAAAGAAAACAGCCAAUGGUGGCAUGGUCCCUCUUGGUUAACAAAACACAAAACUGAGUGGCCUAGUUGGGAUCCUCACAAUAUAAGUGUUGACAAUCAAAAUUCGAUUGAAUCAGAAUACAAGGUAUCUAAAGUAUUACAUGAAGCAAAAUUGCUUGCUGGAGAGGGUCCUGACGGAGAAACAAACAGUGUUGGAAAUUCGAAAUCUAGUGUUGGGUAUCUGUUAGACAUUGAUUGUGGCAGAUUUUCCUCAUUUAUCCGCUUGAUCAGAGUAUCAGCUUGGGUAUUGAGAUUUGUUAAACGGUUAAAUAAAGAGACAAUAUCUGGUCCUCUAACAGCUGCAGAGCUAGAACACGCAAAGUUAUUGUGGAUAAAAUCUGUUCAAAAACAAUGUUUUGGUGAAGUGAUGAUAGCAAUUAAAGAAAAUAAAAGACACAACUUAGUAAGUCAGUUAGGGCUCAUUUUAGACCAGGAAAAUGUGAUCAGGUGUGUUGGUAGAUUAGGAGCUGCUCAACUGUCAGAAGGGGCAAAAACACCAAUAUUACUUCCAAAGAAAAACAAAGUAACUGAACUGUUAAUUGAAAGCAUGCACAGAAAAAACUUUCAUGUUGGUGUCUCACAAACUUUAUCAGCGAUGCGUCAAACAUACUGGAUUCCACAAGGACGUUCAGAAGUAAAAAGAGUUUUGAGAAAAUGUACAAUCUGCAAACGGUGUGAAGGCGGACCAUAUAAAAUGCCAUUAAUGCCUCCACUUCCAAAGAAACGAGUAAACGAGUCAGCCCCAUUUACAUAUACAGGAGUAGACUAUUUUGGACCAAUUUUUGUGAAAUCAGACACUGGAAGCAAAAAAGUAUGGGUUUGCUUAUAUACAUGUCUAGUGGUUAGAGCCAUACAUAUGGAAUUAAUGCAAGACAUGUCAGCAGAGGAGUUCUUACUAGGCUUUCGAAGGUUCAUUGCUCGCUGGGGUAACCCAAAACAAAUUAUUUCAGAUAACGGAUCCCAGUUCAAGUUAGCUAGCAAUACCUUAGAAGAAGCAUGGAAUGGUGUAACAGUGAAUUCAGAUGUGCAAACAUACAUGGCAAAUGAAGGAAUUCAGUGGCAAUUCAUUGUUGAGUUAGCACCUUGGAUGGAUGGAUUUUAUGAAAGAUUAAUUGGUAUUGUAAAAAGAUGUUUACGGAAAACAAUUGGAAAGUUAUGUCUAACAAAUGAACAAUUUAGAACUCUCUUAGCUGAAUCUGAAGCAGUGGUGAAUUCAAGACCACUGGUAUAUAUUGGAGAUGACAUAAAUUCUAAUAUUAUUCUUACACCAGCACACUUUCUAACUCUGAACCCUAAAACAGGAUUUUCAGAUCAAAACGAAGAAGAUUCUACAGAUCCAGAAUACUUACCGCAAAUCAGUAGUGCUAAAAAAUUGCUAUUGACAUGGAAGAAAGGACAGAAACAUCUUAAUAUUUUUUGGAAAACAUGGAGAGAUGAGUAUCUCCUUAGUCUACGUGAAAGAACUGCCAACAAACUAAGGAGUGGAAGAAUUCAGAGCAAAACUCCAGCUAAAGUUGGUGAUAUAGUGUUAAUUAAGGAAAACCUUCCACGAGGAAGUUGGAAUAUUGGCCGUAUAUGUCAAUUAGUAGUCAGUCGAGAUGGACAAAUAAGAUCUGGAAAAGUUAUGCUACCUAAUAAAAAGACAUUAAACAGAGCUCUGAAUAUGCUUUAUCCUAUAGAAUGUGAAGAGUUAGAUGAGGGCUUAAAAAACUCAGAUACGGAAAAGGAUACUGAGUUGAUAAAUGACAAAACUAAAACUACACGAGAGAGAACACAAAGACAAGCAGCCCGAACAGCAAUGAAGAAGAUACAAGAACAGUUGGAAUCAUGA